AGCGAGAGAGAGAGAGAGAGAGAGAGCAAAGAUGGGUGGAGGAAUGGAGACAAACAAGAACAGGUUCAUCGAGGAUUGGAGCUCGGCGAGGGAGAAUCUCGAGCACAACUUCCGCUGGACUCGUCGCAACCUUGCUCUUGUCGGAAUCUUCGGCAUCGCCCUCCCGAUCCUCGUGUACAAGGGAAUCGUCCGAGAAUUCCAUAUGCAAGACGAGGAUGCAGGCAGACCGUACAGGAAGUUCCUCUGAGUCUAGCUCGGAGGGAAUCGGCUUUGCAAUGACUCGCAGCAAACUAAAACUCGGGUUUUACUUUCGGCAGCUCAAAUCCAUCAUAGAACUCUGUUUUUGCAUUUGGUUUUUGCAUGAACGAGAACAUCUCAAAGGAUGUAAUCUUCCUUGACAUGUUUGGACAAAGGAUUACACUUUGUUUGCAAAUAAAUACCAACUCUGUUGCCCUU